AACGAAAAAAAUCAUUAUCAUAGGGCUGCGCACUAGAUUACUGUUGGAAACUUGGGGCGCCGUGUCGUAUCACUGACUUGCUGCCCAAUUUUUGUCAUUUUGAGGAGUAAAUUAGUUUUGGAAAGAUGCAUUCUUGGAGUAUCGUGGCCAUUCUAGCCCUCUGUUUGACCGUUGUCCAUUCAGCAGGACCAGUACAGCAAGAGGAUGAGGUAACCGAGCAGCACGAGCAGGGCCCCUCAGCACCGCAGAAAGCAGCUCUCCGCGAGAAACAGGCCCAUUUCAUCCAACGAGCCAAGGAGAUCAAAGAAGAUGAGAGUCUUAGUGAGGAGGAGAAACAGAAACAGCUUCACCAACUAAGGGAACACGCCAUGCUUUACAUGGGACCUCACGCUAUUCUACCCCAUGCUCUCAUGCAACAAUCACCCAUCCCCGCGGUGGAAGAGAAGAGACGACAUCUAAUCCGUGCUGUCGAAGCCAUAGCCACCAGCGAUCGCGACUUUGAUGAGAAGAAACGCGAACUGGAGAGCGUCCGUGAUCAAUUCAAGGAGGAGGUCAACGCCAUCCACCAGGAACUAUCCGAAGAGGACAUCCAGAAGGUCCGCAUGAGCAUCAGAAAACGCGGAGAGGCUAACGCUUACAAGCAAAUGAUCCAUGAUGGCAUUCGUGGUUCCAUGGAAGCUGGAGCUCGCGGCCAGGCUUUCAACCAAGCCAUACACCGUGGAGUCCAGAAAUUGACGGCUGGCCUGAAGAACAAGGAGAUGGGAGAAUAUCGAAAGAAGAUGACCGGCAAGCGGAUGGCCAACGCAGGCCACAAGGCAGAGAAAAGACGCGCCGCCAGAGAAUCACGAUCCCGACCAGAUCUUUUCUAAAACAAAAAUUGAAAAAUUAAAAAAUAAUCUUAAAGCCCGCCGCACCCCACGCGAUCCGACUCCGACGCCCAUUUUUUUUUUGGUAAACAAAUCCCAUAUUGCAUUAAAUAUGAAUGUUCCAUGUAGUAAACAUAUUUGAUUUGAAGUUUGAGAUCAUGCAAAGCAUGAUAAAACCAGAAUUUUGCUUUGCUGCAAGCCUUAAUUGUGGAAGAAGUAAAAUUCAAAUGGGCUUCAAGUCGCGGGAGAUGAUAACGUCAGUACGAUUUGAAAUUAAAUUUUUAUAUCAUUCCUUGACGGAGGCUUGGAAUAGUAUUCAUACCACUUUUCUGAACUUUAAUUUCACAGGUUGGUAUGUUCAUAUUAAAUGUUCAUACAUACAUACAUACAUACAUACAUACAUACAUACAUACAUACAUACAUACAUACAUACAUACAUACAUUUUCCUUAAAAUCGGAUCGCAACGGAUCGUGCAGUGUGCGCAGACUUUAGAUUCGUUUUUGUGUAGAAAAAACCUCAUUAUCCAUGUAAUAUAGACUCGUUUAUUUGCAGAAGAAAGUUCAAUCCAAACAAAAAGACUGAUAAAUUUAAUCACUAUUGAUCCUAUAUACACUGAACUUGCAAAUCAUGCACUGGCAAUUUCAUUAAGGUACAUAAUUAUUCGGGGCCUGUUCAUGAUUUUAUUAAUUACACAAUCAACGAUAAACAUAAUCAUAGACUAAACUACUGUGGAAGUAAAAGAUGUGGGCCAAGAAACAAACAAACA